AUUCUUUCAUCACCCGAGAUCAAGCUCACAAAUAUUACAAUCAGUUCAAACUAAGUUUACUUUCAUGAAUGUGAUAAAGAGAAUACGAUAUUUUGUAAACGCUUACGAAAUAUCCGUGAAAUUACACUUUUAACUGUCAAAAACACAACAGUGGGAUUGAAAACCACCGCACGAGCAUUCCAGUCUGUAUUUUUAUCUUGAAGGUUCUACACAUUAUGUUGUUUCAUCAGCGUCAAAUCCUGACAGCUACAUAACCUUUCUGAAAAUGAAAUGGGCCCCCCAUGGAGAGAUAUUAGGCAUUCAAUGUACCUAAUGGCAAUAUAAAUGAUGGUGAACUGGCAUUAUCAAACAGUGCCGAUGUUUACGUGACAGGGUAAGAUAUCAAUAAUUCAACUUUAUAACUGGCGAACUGGCAAACGGCUGCAGGCGGUUAAACUCGACGAGCACAUUAAGACAAGCUUCCAGACAACGAGGAUGAAACUUUAUUUCUACCUCACCGUGUUUAACAUCGUCUUAAUAAACACUCAAAAGACAAGCAAUUACUCGUCGGUUGAUGUUUAUGGGCCCUACUUCACCGACCUGCUCACCGCUGUGGAAAAUGUGUCCUUGAACGCAGUUCUUCAUACGACUACCAGCCUGUCCAUUCUCCACUGCAAUGAGUUCUGCAACGGUACAACGGUCACAAAGAUCGUAGACCGCGGGUGCUCGUCAUCCAUCCCCAUCUGCAAAACAUGUCGUUGUGAUACUGACUGUGAAGAAUAUGGCGAUUGUUGUCCAGACGAGAGCUUCAAUAUGACGAUGACAAGGGAAAAUAGACAUGUUUGUGUCAGUGGAAUAAAUAAACAAUAUUCCGUCAGUGGUCCCAACACUGGAUACUACAUAAUAACUACAUGUCCGGAUGAAUCCAGUCGCAAUAUGUCUGCUUCCCAGAUAUCAGAAGACUUUUCUCCAGUGACAUCGACGACAACAAAUAUCACGUACUUGAAUGAAAAUAUCGCCGAAUGUUAUGGCGAUAAUAUUAUCAUCCGAUGGGGAAAGGAAAAUGCAUGUGACAAGAACUCAUAUAAGCCAAACACCAACGACAGCUCAACAGCCUGUCUGACUUUUCAUCCACCAUCUGAUCCACUACCCAGACCCUGUGACACUAAUUUCGCUGAUGAACAGUACAUAGACUCGUGUAACCAGACAGGGUUGUGGGAUGGUUCCUUCUCUGAGAUAGCCGAGGAGCAGUGUAGACAUGGAAUCUAUUACCCAGUUGCUACGGGAACGUACGCAUUCAAGAACAUAUUUUGUUACAUGUGCAAUGGACAUUCACCUGUUCGCUGCGUAAUCUUAAGAGAUUUUACUCAAAGGACACUCGUGUGUACAAAUUGUGACAGACGAAGGUGUAAGGAAUAUGAGUGGCAUGAUUGGAUCAAGAACGAGUGCCGUGCCAUGGACUGUCGAUCAGGGUACUAUCUGAAGGGUGGAAAAUGUCAGUUAACAGAUGUCGGAUUGUCCAGAGUUGAGUACCAAUCUGCAGUCCUCUUUUGGCCAACUGGAAACAACACAUCCGACCCAAGACUUCAAGACUGGAAUUUCAUCGAGCCAAUGGUUGUCCGUAAUUUACCAUUAGUUGCAGAGCAGUAUAAUAUGACCUAUUAUAUGCUUUCUGUUUAUGAACUUGUGUACAUUAACAUUGAUAAUAGUUCCAAACGUGUCAAUGUGCCAUCGUUUGGACUGACAUUGACGUUCAGGACGAUCCAAACGUGUUGUCGGGAUGCGUUUGAGGAAACCAUGGUGGCGUUGUUGGGGCAUGUUUGGUCGAUGGAGUUUAAUGGUUCGGUGUUUCAGUUUAGACUCUCUCAGAAUGAUUCUAAUACUUAUGGCGUAUCAAAGAGACAGUUGUACAAGAUGCAUCCUCCCUUCACCAGUCCACAGAAGACGGAAACGUACGAUAGCUUCCCGUCGGAGUUUGUUGAAACGCCUGAAGAGUACGUUUAUUUUCCUACGGUUUGGCCGAAAUGUUCAUAUGUUAAUCUCCCUGGAUAUGAAUUUGACUGGAACACUGAUUCAUCUAUCUCUCUUCAGUAUGCUGACAUAACAAUAGGUCAUGAUAAAUUCAUUGAAAUAGACGAACAAAAUAUAAUAAUAUGCGUGGACACGAUAGAAGAGGUGUAUUCCAAAUACCAAGAUCCAGUCAGUCUGGCUGAAUAUAUUUUAACGAUAGUUUUCUCUAUUCUAUCCUUGAUCUGUUUGGCCUUGACUUUCAUCACAUACUGUACGUUCCCUUCCCUUCUUACCCUACCAACGAAGAAUACGAUGUGUCUGGUCGGGUUUCUCUUCUUGGCUCAGUUGCUGCUUCUGUUUGAGGAUGUGGCCCAUCGUGAUGAAACAGCUUGCAAAAUAUUUGGCGUUCUCCUACAUUACUUGUGGCUCACAGUUAUAUUGUGGAUGAACGUCUGCUCCUAUCACAUGUUCCACGUCUUUGUAGUCGAUAUUGGAAAACCGAUUGGUACCCAAGGUCAUCGUAGUCGUCUUGUGAAAUACUCUCUCUAUGCCAAUGGAUUGUCUCUUCUCAUUGUUCUCAUAACAAUAUUUUCCAAUCUCGGCAUGUCUUCCGGAAGCCAUAUCGGCUAUGGUGUAAACACCUGCUAUCUGAGUACGUCGCUUCUUGUCGGUGUUGCUUUUGUGGCUCCUCUAAGUGUCGUAAUCGUCAUGAACAUCAUAUUCUUCAGCGUCAGUGUCUGGACAAUGGCCAAGAUCAACAAAAUGAGUGCAAGUAUUAGGGCCGACAAGAGUCAGGUGCACAUCUACAUUAAGUUAUCCACACUGACUGGGAUCUUUUGGAUCCUUGCAAUCCUCGGCGAUGUUCUCCAGCAACAAUUCCUCAUUUACAUCUCCAUUGUCCUGAACGCCGGUCAGGGGAUCUUCAUCUUUAUCUCCUAUAUGGCAAACAAGAGGGUUCUUCAACUGUGGAGAGGCAAACUUUACAAAUACGUACCUACUGCCAACAGUCAAUCUUCUGAUCGAACGCUGACCACUCAGUUGUGAAUCACAAGGCAACAUUCUCUAAGAUCAAAGAUGUUUUCUAAGGUGUUACCAACUCCACAGUUAAUACAUCAUUUCCUAAUACUGUAAUUCUCUAUUCAUAUGAAUGGUUAUGUGAUGGUAACCUUCUUUAUAUCCUACAUUGAACAAUUGUUCAGUCCUUGUUGAAUUAAUACUGAUUCCUGUGGAAGAAUUCACUCCGUGUUGGAGCUCGACACUGAAGUUUGACGACUGGGAAAUGCCCUGUAUGGAGACACGUCUCGGCUUUUUGAAAGUGUUGGUCAUGUAUUUUUUACUGACGUUUUAUCGUCAGUAAGACGAAUUGGAGGACUCGAAACUUUGGGAUGUUGCACACAAUAUCCAAUCCGGGAAUUAACAAGAUUUAGGCGAGAGUUACCCAUCAAAUAGGAAGUUGUUCUGUUGAGAACUGCAACUUUUGGAAUAUGUCAUUCCACUGAUGCAGCAUCUGAGUGAAAGUCUGAAGUGUCAUCUUGGCUGCUCUCUGACGUGUCCCGUACCGUGUAUUCAGCCUUAUAUUCUGAUGUGUCGCCUGUCCUUGUACUAGUAAGUGUUCUGGGCCUAGAUUUUCGAAGCUCUCUUAUCGCUGAGAUCGUUGUAAGUUAAUGUUAAUGUAUGGCAGUUACGACUAUCUUAGAGCUAAGAGAGCUUCGAAAAUCUAGGCCCUGGGAUUUAGGUUUUGCCUUGUCCUCAAAAGUUUUAACUGCCUCGUCCUCUUACACCCUCUUUGUCUCGUCCUUUGCAUUAUCCUCUGCGGUGUCCUCUGAAUCGUCCCCUACUUACCCCUUGGCUUGACCCGUGACUUUUCCCCAGCCUUGUCUUCUGAACUUUCCACAGACCUGUCAUCAGACCUGACGGCUGAAGUGUCUGCUAAGGUAUUCUUUGUCCCAGCGGUUUAAACUGCCCUGCUAUAUAACUUGUCCUCUGAAGUUCGCACUGUCUUGGCCUCUUAGGUGUUAUUCCUUAAAGAUUUAUUCAGCCUUGUGCCCGAGCUGUCCCCUGCCUUGUCUAUUGUUGGGUCCUCUGAUUUGUCCUCUGGCGUGACCACUCCUUUGUUCCCUUGAGGUGUCCUCUGUCUUUACCUCUUACAUGGAGACUACCUUGUCCUCUCAGGUGUUGUGUACCUUGUCACCCGAAGUGUCCACUGCCUUGUCGUCUGAUGCUGCAGCCUCGGUGUACACUAAAGUGUUCUCUACGUUGUCCUUUGAUAUGGCCCCUACCUUGUCCCCCCGUAGUGUCGUGUGCCUUGUACUUCGAAGUGCCCUCUGCUUUGUUCUCUGAAGUGUCCUCUGCCUUGUCCUAUGACGUGGCCCUACCUUGUCUCUUGACGUGUCCACUGAGUAUAUCUUUUUCAUUUUACAAAUCUGGGGCCAGUAUGUAAAGUACCUACCCGAGUGAAAAAAAUGUGCAUCAGAUUUAAUAUAUUAAAUGUAACUUUCAAUUAAUUCUUCUGAAUACUCAUAAUCGAGGAAGAUUUGUUUUAACAGAUUUUAACCACAAUGUAUUUUCUGGAGUUAUAAAUCAACAGACACAGUGCAUAAAACGCCACGGAGGCAUAAAAAUAAAAUGUCGAAACCAUUGACUGUCAGCCUGUUGGUAACCAGGGACGCCUCAAUAGGGCCGUGGUGGGUCGCUAGGUGAGAGUGUCCUACAGAUUUCUCACAUGUUAUUAUAAGGGUUUGAUUGAUUGCCGUGUUAACGCUACCCGGACAAGGAACUUUAAUACGGGUAACGGUGAAAGGCAGAUCGUUGUCAGUGUUAGACACUGCAGUGUAAUAGGCGACAUUUUAGGAUUCAAGCUUCGUGUUGGGAUGUUUGGAAAGAGGGUAAGUUGAUAUAUAGCAUGUAUUUAUAGACGAAUUGUAAGUUCUCGUGUUUGUAUUAUAUAUCAGUAUAUUAGUAUUGUAGGACAAGUCCACAUGAUUAAACUUUUGGAUAUAUUUGAAAUGUGGUUAACUUACUCUAAAUCAAUAAGCCCUUUUAGUUAGUGUAUAUUAUCAACUAGCAUUCGCUUACUAGAGUGCGUUUAGCAAAAUUAAAUGUUGGAACAUGUAUACCUGUAUAUCUAAACUACUUGAUUGUGUUUAUAUGUAUGCGAUGUGUAUACUGUCAGGGCUUUUGCUUUGUAAUAGUUGUACAUCUUCUUUAAUGAGAUUCACAUUUGUGAAUGUUGUAUAUGUAUGUGUUAAUCAACACUUUGAUUUAAUAAGACAUGUUUUUUGCAGUACUUUUCCGAAAUACUAAACAAUAUAAUCUCCCCUUUACUCACAUUUACUAGUAAGACAAGGGAAGCCCGACAUGUGCUUCUCUUUUUUAUAUUCUCGUAAAUAUGGAUUGUUAUGCGUUACAUGUCCUUAACUGAUAAACAUUAACAUAUAGUA